CCAGACUUCCCUAGAACCCCUUAGCCCAACCACGAACCUAGCCCUUUAGAAAAAUAAAAUAAAAAAAAAAGAAAAGAAAAAAAAUUAAAAAACUCAAAAAAAGAAAUUUAAAAAAAUCAAAUGCACCAUUCCCUCAGCCUUGCUCAUCCCUCGCCCACGACAUAACGGCAUCCCACCACGACCACGGCGACCUGGCCCCCUCCUCACCCAUGACCGUAUCCCACCACGACCGUAGGGUUGUGGUGGUGGUGGUGGUGGUGGCGGGGGGAGGAUAUUCUUGGCCAGAACCAUCCUCAUCCCCAUCCCCAACCCCAUCGCCAUCCUCCUCCGCCCUCCGGAAGCUGGCAGACGACAGCGCAGUCGCCGCCAACAUCGUCGAGUCGCACGACGGCGACGGCUCACCACCGCCGCCGCCGCAGCUCCUCCCCUCGGGGGCAGAGAGAGAACGAGGGCUCCGCUCCCCCCCCGGCGAGUCGGCCGAGUCGUCGUCGUCGUCGUCGAGCCGCCGUCGCUCUCGCGGCUCGCUGCUUCCGCUCCCGCUCCUGAUCCCCUCAUGUUGUCCUCCACCCACCGACGCUGCUGUGUCCGUGUCCGUGGCCAUGGCAGUCGCCACAGGCCUCAUGGAGGUGCAAGGAGAAGAAGAGACAACGGCAGUCGUCGGUGGCGGUGGUGGCGAUGGCGAGGAGGACCUUCUUGCCUCCAGGGGACGGUCGAUCAUCGCCGUCUGGCACUCCUCCUCCUCCUCAUCAACCUCCCCUUCCUCCCCACCGUCUCGGAUCACAGCACCGACACCAGCCCGUCCAGACGCAGACGGGCCCGGGAUGGCGCGGCGUCCCCCUUCCGUCCGGUCGAGCGUCCAGUCAAAAUCGGCGUUGAGCUGACCGAAGCGGUGCUCCUCCUCCUCCUCCUCGUGGUGGUCGUCGUGGUGGGGGUGGGGGUGGGGGUAGCG